CUGUUAGAAAAGAACCGUAGUUGUAAAAAAAAUAAGAGAGAGAGAGCAAAGGAGAAGAGAGAAGAAAGAGAAAGAGCACUCGUCCAUCAAAACACACAAGAGCCCAUCGCGUGCCCCUCCCCCACACUCCCCGCCUCACCCAACCAGACCAGACCAGACCAACCCAACCCCCAUUUCUCACACGCAGAUCAAAGUAUGAAAUCAGGAAAAAAACAGCAGCGAUCCAGCUAA